CUUACGCCGCCGGACUCGAACUCGGGGCCGCGUGAGCCUCCCAUUCACAGCCAGACACCCAUUCAGAAACACACGACCGGUCACCUGUGAGUCGCGUGUCCCGUGUCCUUCUUCUAUUUUGUGCUUGAGGGAAAGAAAUAGUUACAGAAACAUGCCCAUUUUAGAUAAAGACCAGAAAGCUAAGGGCAGUCCGAAAAAGAAGAUGGGCAUGAAGAAGAAAGCUGGCAUGAAGAAGAAGGCAGGGAAGGAGGAGCCAGUGAAGAAGGAAGUAUUGAAGAAGGAGGCAGCGAAGAAAGAGGGAGGGAAGAAGGAAGCAGCGAAGAAGGAGGCAGCGGCCAAGAAAGAAGAGGUGGCAGUAGAGGCCGCACCAACGACAGAGGAGACGGCUGCAGCGAAGAAUGCAUCCAAAGCCGAAGGCCAGAAGCGCAAGAGGAAUGAAGAGUCGUCCGAGGAACCAAAGAGAAAGAAGGGGAAGAUCAAGACAAAGCACGGUGGAGUGAAGCUUGAAGGAGAUCUGCUGGAGAUACACCUGAAGCGCGAGGAGGAGAACUGCACACGGAACCUCCUCAUCAGCACUAGCCCCCCACCCAUCACAGGAGCUCUGACAGUCAGAGUCAGGCAGUACGGCCUUUGCAUUGCAGAAUUCAAAACAAAGGCUGAGGCACUGAAGAAGAAGGAGGAAUUAGAAGAACAGGAGGGAGUGAAGUCAGUAAAACACCCAGAGGUCAGGAAAGGUGACAGAUUGGUGAAUCCUAUGAAGUUAUACAUAGAGUAUGUGCCAGAGGAGACCACAGAGGAGGAUUUGAAAGAGGCUUUCCCUACUGCCAAAGCAAUCAAUCUUAACUCUGAAAGACGCUAUGCCAACCCCAUCUUCGAGACGAAAGAGGAGGCCGAGAAAGUGUUCAGGGAAAAGGAGAACUUUGAACUCAAGGGGAUCCAGUUGGCCGUCCUCUUCAGCAACAAGGGCUAGGGGCCGUGCCAAAGCUAACCGGGAAAGGGAUGGACGUCAGCAAACUGGGGAACUUGUAUAAUCAUGUAAUUGAGCGUAAGAGUUGAUAAGAGUUAUGGGUAUUCUAGGCUUUUUGUUAUUGUUUGGUAUAUGUAGAUUAUAAGAUAUAGGCUGAAGAGUGAAGAUUUGCUGAUGUUCAUUCAUGAAAUAAAUGUUUAGAAAUUA